UGUUGUACGAUUAAGUGAUUCGUUCUUUAAUAUAUAUUUUUAAACUGUUAUUUAUUAUUCGUGUGACUGCGGCGACGGGGAUUCGUGUGUAUCUCUCGGUCGUGCUCAGCCCCAGCCAGCAUAGCAAUCCGAUUUAGACACUCGUAACGAGAGCGCGUUUUGCCGUUUGUUGUGUGAUUCUCGGGAAAUAAAAUCUUGUGUGUCUGCAGAUGGGAAUCUGCGGCUGCCGGCUCCGCUGGUCGGUGUAAUUUCUGCUGCCGUCACAGACAAAACGGACACAGCAGCAGCGAACCGCAGAGGAAGCAGAGAGAAAGAAAAUAGGCAUCGCAAAGCGGGAAUCGCAAGAAGUUGUCCGCUACAGAAGUUGUGGCCACGGCAAGCAAAUCGCCAGCCAUUCGCCUUGGCGGAUGCCGUCGUUCACUUGUACGUUCGUUCGUUUGUGCGCUCGUUCAGAUGGUCGUGCGUGUUAGUUGGCUGGGACAAGGAUUACUGCCGUGUGUUCGCGCGUUGAUUAGUUGGCUAGAGUGUGGUCAGUGAAGGUACUUUGCCACAGUGACAGUGUCUGAUAUUGUUUGACGUUCGCGUUUCGCAUCCAGAGAAGGAAGAGCGUAUCGCGGUGCGUAUCAGAAGUGCGAAUAAUUUAUCGACUGGAUAGUGUAAUCAUUGCGGAGGUGCAUGAGUUGUGCAAAUUGCGUGCGUUCAAAGCGAUUGAACGGCCCGAAAAUGAAUUGGCAUCAGUUUUCUUCGUACUGAAAUAGUAGAAAUGGUUUGAAAUAUCGAAAUACGCACAAUACGAGCUGUGUGUGCGUGUGCGUACGUGUGCGUGCGUGUGGUGUGGAGUGAAUCAAAGUAAAGGAUUAGGUAGAAGGGUGUUUUUCUUGUGAUUCAUACAGUGAUAGUGAAGUGUUGUGAUCGUCUCAGCCGAUCGCGAGUGAUGGAUUCCGCGAUGGAUACUGCAUCUACGGCCAGCGAUCACAGUAUCGCUUCGUCGAACGAUUCCAGGGGCCGCAACAUUUCGUCCCCGAUACAGCACAACCACAACGGUAGCAGCAGCCAUCAGCACCAGCUGGACAAAACGCGCACCCCGACGCCCGUGAGUCCAGUGCACAACAGUCACAGCGGCGGCAGCAACAACGGACCACUGAGCAAUCAUCACAGUAGCCGCCAACUUUCGUCUAGUCCAUUGAGCGCCGGCGGUCCGGUCCAAAUGAUGGGUCACAUGGGGCACCCACUAAGCCCUCCGCACGUGUCUACGCCGAGCAGCAUGGCUGGCAUGGUCGGUAUGCCGCCCCGGAUGGCACAGAAUCUGUCGCAUUUGCCGCCCCACGGACUCGGCUUGCUUAACUCCUUCAUGCACCACGCUAGUCCGCUUGAUCUGAUGGCCGCUGCGCACCAUCACGUGCCGCCGCGAUCGUACAACAGUCCACCGCCGAUCUCCAGCUCUGAUCCCACGGCAAACGAGUGCAAGCUCGUUGACUACCGGGGCCAGAAGGUGGCCGCCUUCAUGAUACAGGGUGAAACGAUGCUAUGUCUUCCGCAGGCUUUCGAGCUGUUCCUCAAACACCUCGUCGGUGGCCUGCACACAGUCUACACCAAGCUAAAGCGGCUGGACAUUGUGCCGCUGGUGUGCAACGUUGAGCAGGUGCGAAUACUGCGCGGAUUGGGCGCCAUCCAGCCCGGUGUCAACCGUUGCAAGCUGCUGUCCUGCAAAGACUUCGACGUCCUCUACCGGGACUGCACCACGGCCAGAUGCUUGUCCAUAAAGCCACCUGAGAGUCUUAACUCCAGUAACUCUCUGCUAUCGCACAGUUCCAGGCCCGGCAGACCGCCGAAGCGAGGCCCGGUAGGACUCUCGAUGCCGACAUCGCACAUGCCGCAUCAUGCCCAGUUGAAGAAGCAUCGGCUGGACAACGGAGAGUUUGUGUACGAGAACGGACAUCUAAACGAUUUGCCCCGGCUGGAUAAGUCCCCGCUGCUGGCAAACGGUUACAAUGCACCCCCGACGCAUCUGAACCACAUACCGUUCAUGCAGAUGAACCCGCACCCGGCCGCCGGCGGGCACCCGCUGAUGAGCCCUGGCGUUAACCCGCACGGCAUCCAGCGACCGGACGGGUCGAUCAUCAAGGGUCAGAACAUUCCCGGCAUGGAGGCGAUUGCAAGGUCGCAUCACACGGGGAUUUGGGAAAAUUGCAGAGCUGCCUACGAGGAUAUAGUGAAGCAUCUCGAAAGACUGCGAGAGGAGCGGGGCGAUGACAGGACACCAAACGUUGACCACAAGCCGCGAGAUCUGAGCUCACAGGGCAGUGGUCCACCGCUGGCAGACUCCCCGAACGGCCAGAGUCCCGCACUGAACCUGUCCAAGUCGGGCGUCGGGGAUCAUGGGGGUGGUGGCGCUAGCGGCGUCGGAGGCGGUGUUGGUGGCGGCGGAGCUGGCAGUGGCAGCGGAGCGCAAAGCGAACGAAGCAACCCGAUCUCACCGGAACCGUCCGUGCACGAGGAAGACGAGAAUAUGAGUGAAGCCAACAUAUCCGACACGGAAGAACCGAACGAUAAGGACGAAGACAUUAGCGACUGUGACCGGGACCUGCAUUCGCCGGUGCCAGCCGUCAUGCCGGUCCCGCAGGAUAUGGAGGCCCAUCGGCAGCAGGCGCUGAACUAUUCGAGCUUGGCGGCCAGUGUGGCUGUUGGCGCGGUGCCCACCGGCCAGGACCCGAGCAUAUCGUCCACCGAGACGCUACUGCGGAACAUCCAGGGCUUGCUGAAGGUUGCGGCCGACAAUGCCAGGCAGCAGGAGCGUCAGACGUCCUACGAAAAAGCCGAGCUGAAGAUGGACGUAAUCAGAGAGCGCGAGGUGAAGGACUCGUUCGAGCGUCAGUUGGCCGAUGAAAAGCGACUGCGAGCACUGUACCAAAAGCGGUUCAAGAAGGAGCGCCGAUUGCGGAUGCAGAUACAGGAGCGGCUGGACGGGGAGCGCAAGCGGCGUGUGCAGCUAGAGGACAUCAUCAAGGCAUCCGGCGCGCCGGCUGAAGCGCUGCGAAUCAUUGCAGAAAACAUAAGUAGCGAUCAGCAGCAGCAGCAGCAGCAGCGCGAGAAGGAGCGUGAGCGCGACUCGGAACGUGAGAAGGACCGGGAAAAGGAGCGCGAGCGGGACCGGGACCGGCGGGAGCAGGGACGUGAUAAAGGACAGGAACGUGAGCGAGAGCCGCUGCAUCAUCAGCAAUCGUCCUCGUCGUCAUCGGUGGAUCGGAAUCAUCGCGAGCACCGGAGCACUAUCGAGGAGUCGUUGCGCGCCGGCGAUCGGCAUCGCGUCGAGGUGGAGCGCGAGCGGCGGGCGUCCUCGUCCGAGCGGUACUCGAAGGAGGACAGCCCGGCGCCCAACCUGUCGUCAUCGUCACGCCCGAGCCAGGAAGUGUCACCUUCCCAGCCCCAGCUCAGCGAGGGCAAAUCGUGGAACUAUCCCGGGCUCGACAUCAUGGCCACCGGGGCCUUCUGGCAGAAUUAUUCCGAAUCACUCGCCCAAGAGCUGGAGCUGGAGCGGAAGGCACGGCAGCAAGCCGCAGAGGGGGAAGUUAAAGGGCCGCUGCAGGAUCGCUCCAAUUACUAUAAAAACUCCACCCGAACGAGUGCCAGCCCGGAAGUACGUGUGAACAUUUCCUGGAGCCUGCGGGAGCUAAAAUGUUGGCAAGAAUAUGUGAGCUAUUCCUAUUUGCUUCAGGAUGAACGUUUUCCUACGCGAAACAACAUCACGCAGAUCGACUCUGCAGUGUAUCCGAAUGUGUGCAGCAAUGAUCGGCACAUUGUAAUUCCGGAAACAAAGUUCGCUGCAGUCAACAGUCCCCUUCCGGCACCGUCUCGAAGAAGCAUCGGAUCGCCCAACAGUGAACAGCAACCGGUGUUUACAGUGACCAAGGAUGGACUUUACAUCUUCAUUUUGCGUAUAGAGCCGGGAGAGAAGGAUGGCGGUGCACGUGCGAAUGGAGAGCAGGAAAUGUUCGAUGACUACACGGCGAGUGUACAUGUGGAAAUACGACGCCCGAGUGGCUAUUUGUCAGCCGUUGAUUGGCCGCUUUUACCGUUUUACGGAGCUAUGUGCUUGGUGUAUGUACUGCUGGGCAUCGUAUGGUUGACGGUGUCCUUUUUACAAUGGAGAGAUUUGCUUCGUAUCCAGUUCUGGAUAGGAGGCGUAAUUCUACUGGGAAUGUUGGAAAAGGCCAUGUUCUACGGGGAAUAUCAGAGCAUCAACUCAACCGGUGUGUCCGUGAAAGGGAUGGUGCUGCUCGCGGAAUGGGUGUCCUGCGGAAAGCGAACGUUGGCCAGAAUGCUUGUGAUCAUAGUGUCGCUCGGUUUUGGCAUCGUAAAACCACGACUGGGGCCAAUGUUGCAUCGGGUGGUUGGGACAGGGGUGCUGUAUCUGGUACUAGCGUGCGUUGAGAGCUUUUUGCGCAUCAUGCACACGAAGAACGAUCCCAGCAACCAGAUACUGGUUGCUAGUAUACCGCUUGCCGUACUAGACUCCGCCAUUUGUUGGUGGAUUUUCACGUCCCUUGUGCAAACGACGCGCACUUUGCGUCUGCGACGGAAUAUGGUGAAGCUAUCGUUGUACCGACAUUUUACCAACACGCUCAUAUUUGCUGUGCUCGCUUCCGUGGUGUUUAUGCUGUACUCCAUUAAGGUGCACCGGUUUGCCGACUGCUUGACGGACUGGAAAGAGCUGUGGGUAGACGAUGCGUUUUGGCACGUGCUGUUCUCGACCUUGCUACUCGUAAUCAUGAUUCUGUGGCGACCGACGAACAACAACCAACGUUACGCGUUUACCCCACUGCUAGAUAACCCUGAGGACGAGGAUGAUGAAGAGGAAGAACAAUUCGUCUCCGACGCGUACGGUGUAAAGAUGCGCGGCACAAGGAGCAACUCGCCGAAACCGAACGCCAAGAGUCCGACGACGGACGAGGAAAAUUUGAAAUGGGUAGAAGAUAACAUACCGGCUGCUAUCGCGGACGCGGCGCUUCCAGUGUUGGAUUCGGACGAGGAAAUUAUCAACACGAAAUUUGAGGUCUCCAAAAUGCAGUGAACUACACCGGUCGAUGGAGGAGCGUCAUCGACAUCCUAUGUUAUAUAUUAUAGAGUGUAGUGAAGUAAGCUUGCCAGGUAAUAAUGCAAACUGUUUCAGUAC